CAAUAUUUCUCCAGCAAUAGAGCUCACUAUUCAAUCGAAGUCUCGCAACAGAAAGGCACAUAGAAAUGACGGUCGGAAGCGAAUCACCACUGAUCGGUGGGGYGUCUCUUAGUGACACUCCAUCUAGGACGUUAUUUACGCCACAAACAGCGAGAGUUCCGAAAACCUCUUAUGCGGGGUUUGAAACUCCUACUCGUCAACCCAGAACGCCGUUCGUAUUUUUAUCAGACCGAAAGAGCGUCCCGACAGAACUAAAAAACUUGCAAGAGCGAACAAUUAAGCGCCGCCGAGAUUUUGUUGCAAGGAUGCAUGAAUUGGUACGUACCGGUACUAUGCAUUUGACAACUCAUGACGAAAUGUAAAAUACUCUUGCUUCYAUUCAGAUUUUGGUUGCAAACGAGGUGUAUGAAGAURGCGAUGUCAAGUUACAUGGGAUUUAUUUCUUGAACGGAUGAACAUUUUGCUCAGUUGUCACCGUUCAUCUCAUUAUGUUCAAUCUGCAUUCUUACAYGACCGAAAGGAUUGCCACACGGCAAAGCUAAUGUCAAAAUAUGCCGAAGAAAGGAUGGAUCUGGAUCUAGCAACCUGYGAUACAUUUGAACGUACUAUCAUUCAUCCAUUGCUUUCGUCGACAGAGCGUCUUUCCCUAGAYCGCCAAGCUUCUAUGAAUCGAUCGGUUGGAAUACCGGCCUUAGAACGUCGCGUUGGUGCUAUAGAUGCGCAAAUGACCCACCACAUCAAUGUAAUUAUGAGCGAUGCGAAGAUGGAUAAACUGGAUAGUAUCCACGAYGAGUUACAAAGAAGUGUAAAACCUGAGAUUCGGAUCGAAAACAACAAGUCCAAUAAAAUUGAGGCAGGAAUUGUGCAGCGCUUCGAGUCUGUUGUUGGAACUAUCAAUAAAAGCUACCGUUCAGAGUGGGCCUCAAGGUACGUAUUUUUAUAUUUUCGAGCACUUCCUUUUGAUUUUUCGAGCCCGUUACUGACUAUUURAACAUACUUCUAUCAUCUUAUCAGCCGGGCUGAGAUCGAAGUUUUGCAAAGAAAAACGGAAACUGGGGUACCGAAUCGGAAGGAACGAGUAGAGGUAACACUAGCAAAAAUUUCCGAACUUCGCGCACGAGUACGUGAAGAGCGUGCAAAACGAAUAGCUGYAGAUCAAGCAAUUUACGAAGAUAUCGUUCGGAAAACCUCCGCCAUGAAACGAGCGAUGAUAGCUAUGGCGAGUGAUGGCGAUAGCACUAGUGCAAGCUCUAGUUAAAUAUUGUAUAUCAAAWGUGAG